AUGCUCUCAUUGCGAAUAUCAUUCAAAUGGCAGUUCACAAUCACGUCGACAGAGCACCAUGCCAGCGUGAGCUUUGGACGUAUCGACCAGAUGACUGUUGUGGUCGUACCAAAAUACGACUUUCCUGCAUUGUGCCAGAGUAUAUUCAAGCAUAGAAUAUCUCACCUGAUCGAUCCAUUUUACCAAGGCGCUGCUCCUCUAUCAAUGGAUAUACAUAAUAGACUGUGUGAUGUCUUUCCUGCUGCACAGAUUGGACAGGCUUACGUAGGUCUUACUGAAAUGACUGUGUCAUUGGCAAUGGUUUCUGGCUCUCAAAAACGCGGCUCUUUGGGAAGCAGUGGUAAACUACUCCCAGGAAUCCAUGCUCGAGUUCUGAAGCCCGACGGUAGCCUUGCUCGAUACGGCGAAAGAGGAGAACUGGUGGUCAAAGGUCCUGGUAUGGCACUGGGCUACCUCCACAAUAGUGCAGCCACGAGGGAGACUUUCAUUGAUGGCUGGGUUCAUACAGGAGACGAAGUUACCAUGACGGAUGAUCAAGAGGUAUUCGUACACGAUCGACUUAAGGUGGCGCCCUCAGAGCUUGAAGAUUGCCUUCUAUCUCACCCCGACGUGGCCGAAGCAUGUGUCAUUGGGAUCCCUAACAAUCGUAGUGGCGAGGCACCAAUGGCCUUGGUUGUGCUUACAGCGGCAGCCAGGGAGCUACUGACAGACGGCUCCAUGUGGAAAAUAGAAAGUCUACACACAAACACCUACGAGGCGGCGUUCGCAUCGUCGACGAGAUUCCGACUUGAAACUGUUGCGUAA